GUGUUUUUAUUCAGUUUAUAGAAAAUUUAAUAAAAAAAAUUUUUGCGGCUGUUUAUCUAAAUAUUUAUUAUACACUCCAAAGUCUGGAGACGGUGCAAUUUUGAAGAAAGUAGCUAAAAUGUUUUGAUUAAUUGAUUUGCUGUUAAUUGUGAAUUCUGUUAGGCCGCCGAAUUUGGUCAAUUUAAGCAAAUACCUUCCCAUCAGUCGAAAUCCAUCGAAGCAAAAAUGAGUAACGAAAGUUGGAAACGUGAAUUGGAUGUGCUUAUGAAGAAGAUCGAGCAGUAUUCAAGUGACUCACUGUUGCGGAUCAAGAGGGAGUGUGAUCAUACCGGUUUGCCCAAAGGCGAAAAAUUUCGAAAAAUGUUCCUUGGCAUAACUAAUACGCGCAUUGCCAAGGCGUUUGAUAAAUUGGAACGUGGAACAUCUGAAUGGGGUUCAAGAAAACGUAAAACUGAUGAAAGUCAUUCACGAGAUGAAGGACGAUGUAGGUCAAAAUCAGAGACAUAUUCUUUGGACAGGCCGUCGACGUCAAGAACAUCAAAAUCGACAAAGUCAGCAGCAUCCGAUAUGCGAAUUUCAAAAGAAAGACGUGACCAAAGUUCCAAUAGAAAACGGAAGUCGGGUGAAAGUGUCUCUCGUGAGAUGGACAAAAGUGGUUCUCACCAAAUAGAGGCUGAAAAUAGGUCAGGAAAGUCGGGAGAUAGUGGCUCACGAAAGAUUGACAAAGGUGUCUCUCGUGAGAUGGACAAAAGUAGCUUCCGCGAGAUGGAUGGAAAAAGUUCGCUAAAAAAGACUGAAGUAAAGUCACCUACUGAUUUGCCAGCAGUUGAUGACGGAGUCACCGUCAAGCUCCAUCCAUGUACUCUCAAAUUCGCUUGCGUACAUUGUGAAAAGUCCAAAUCGCUAUCACCCGAUACUUGCAGCGAUAACAUUGAAACCAUCUAUGGUCAUUGGUUAUCCGCUCACACUGAUCUUCCGAACGUUCGUCCCUUUCAGUUCUACGUGACACAGUUGGUGGCUUGUCACUUUUGCGAUCAGCUCGGUCCAUUCCACGAAGUGAUUCAACAUCAAAUCACAAGUCAUCCAAACAAUUCACGCAUUAUCGUCAAUGAAUCGAUUCGGCAUCAGUGUGCCCUUUGUGAUCACUCCGAAGACUUGGCUGACCACUUCGAACAGACCCACAAAGUCGUCAUUCCAAAUCCAUUUCAAGUGACCGAUGAUGUUUUGGACAUGCUCCUAAAAAUUGACAUUCAUAAAAAGGUGGAAUGUGGCCAUUGCAAUGUAGUUUUCGAAACGCACCAUGAAUUCGAUCACCAUCAUUUGAUGGAGCAUUCAGGUAUGGAAAUGUUUCAAAAGCAAUUGUCUGAUCAAAAAACGGUAGACAUACAAUGUAAUGAUUGCAGUCAGAUGUUCAGCAAAGAGGAUUACUUCAAUCAUUUGGAAGAGCAUUCGUUCAAUUUUAAAUGCACUGACUGUGAUUUCCGAACAAAUAUUGCGACCGAGCUCUUGAAUCAUGGCAAAACAGCGCAUAACAUCGAUAAGGUCAUGGUUGAAAGUAAAGAGUUCGGUCGUCAUUUGAAGGAAGUGCAUUGGAAAUCAAAGACCAUCUUUAACAACGGGUUGAUGUUAUCGAAUUUCAAUUUGAAGGGCACCAGAUUCGAUGAGUCACCAAAAUUAGGAGCCGUUCUCGAAGAGCUGAAGGAAAAAGUUAAUGCUUUACUGUCACAAAAAGGAAAAGAGAACCAAUCAAACGGGCAUCACAAGUUCAAGCUCCGAAAGCGACAGCGAUACAUUUUCAUCAGAAUUAUCGACCGAAUCGUCGUUUUCCUUUUCACCGUCCGUUUCAUCGGUCGCAUCACGAACGCCAUUGUCUCAGGCUGAACUGUAUGCUGAACUCCGUAAACAAAAUGAAUUGGUCAAUAAUUUGUCAAUCACUGGCAUUCCACGCUUUCGUAAUGAAAAUUUGUGGACCAUCUUCGAUAAAAUGUGCGAAAAAUUAGGGGCACCGGUAACACAACGUGAUGUAUCGAAGAUUUUUCGAACAGCCGGACCACAGAAGCCGAUUAUUAUAAAAUUGAAAACAUGGACGGCAAAGGCGAAUAUAAAACGAUGUUUUAAGUACAACGAUCUUUGGUCGUCGGACGUUAUAACGUUGCCCGCUCGAAUGCCAUCCACACGGGUAUUCGUUAAUUUGCAUACGACACGAUUUUAUGGGAAAAUGCUGAAAAUUGCCAAACACUAUAAAAAAAUGGGCGUCAUUCAAAUGUUUCACUUGUGUGACACAGGUCUUUUGGUGAAGUCUGAAAAAGGUGACCGACACCAUACUAUGCUGUCAAAACAGGAACUGCUGAAUUGGGUCAAUGAGGAGAAGGAGAAACAAUUUAAAGUGAAGACCAAACGAAAUUUGGAACCGCAUGACGAAGUGGAGGCAAGGCUUCGCAAAUAUCGACGAACACAUUGAUUGUUUUUGGCCGAAUCGACCACUGUUGAGAAAAACAUUAAUAUUAAAAUUAAAAGACAUUAAAUUGGAAUUUUUAUAGAUUAAAUUUUUAUUUGUAAUAAACCAAAUAGAAAAUAAACAACUCCAAUAAUUCAAACUGGAAA